UCUCACAAUAAAUGUGAAAGUAGAAAGUGUCUUGAGAGCGUCCGCAUCUGAUGUUCCUGGAGGUUCCUCUCACUUCUGAUCUGAGUCAUGGGAGGAAGAACGCGGCUGCUCCCUCUGAUCCUGCUGGCCGUCAUGCUGAACAACGCCGGGGCCAAGAACUGUGUGUGCAGAGGAAGGUCACGUUGUCACUGUGCAGGAGUGAAAGGCAGCAGGGGAGAAAAGGGAGUCCCAGGAGAUCCCGGUGUUUUAGGACCAGAGGGACGCAAGGGUGACCAUGGUGAUGCUGGACCAAUGGGAGCAAAGGGCAACACUGGGCCUGAUGGACCUGUGGGGCCCCCAGGGGACCCGGGUCCGAAAGGCAAGGAGGGAUUUGCUGGCUCUCACGGAUUGCCGGGCUUCCCGGGUCUACAAGGUUCGCCUGGCCGAGCAGGAGCUCCAGGCUGCAACGGAACACAUGGAGAAGAUGGACUUCCUGGUGACCCGGGUACCCCUGGACUUGAUGGACCUCCAGGUCCACCAGGCGCUCCUGGACCAAAGGGCAAGUCUCCAGAGUCAGUGGAUGGAGCUCCAGGACUACCAGGACCUCCUGGGACGGAUGGAGAGCUGGGAGAGCCUGGUUUCCGCGGACAGCUAGGACCCAAGGGAGAUCCAGGACUACGUGGUCCAGAUGGGUCUCCGGGCCGUGCAGGCGCUCCAGGGUCUAAGGGUCAAGAAGGCUUAGGCGCUACCCCAGGACCCCGUGGACUAAAGGGGAGACAAGGUCUACCCGGACCACCUGGACCCCCAGGUCGGAUCAAGGACUACUUCACUCAGAGUCUUGUGUUGAAGGGGGCCAAGGGAGCCCGGGGCCACGAAGGAGACAAAGGCUGCAAAGGCGCUCCGGGAGACCCUGGGGAGAGCUCCAACACAAAAGGAGCAAAGGGAGACCGAGGUCAACCGGGUGCAGAAGGAAAGAUGGGGAAGGAUGGCGAACCUGGACACGUUGGAUUUAUGGGAAGGUCUGGUCCUAGAGGUGAUCCCGGAUACCCAGGAACUCAAGGCGCAAAGGGGGCAAAGGGGGAUCAAGGUCUCCCUGGUCCACCGGGUGAACUAACAAUAGUGGCACCUGUGGAUGGACUACUAAAGGGCUACCCUGGGGAACCAGGUCAUCCAGGACGACCAGGACCGGUAGGACUCCCAGGUUUUGAUGGAUUUCCCGGACCUACUGGCCUGCCAGGGGGAUCACAGAACUUUCCAGGUCCACCAGGUCCUGAUGGUUUUCCAGGUCCGAAAGGAGAUCCCGGAGAACCGGGCGAGAUCUAUACGGGGCCUCCCGGUCCGGAAGGGGAUCCUGGGGAUCAAGGACCGACCGGGGAUCAAGGCUCACGUGGCCCUCCCGAAAAAGGAAAACCUUGCACAACAGUCAGAGGUCAGCCAGGAAGCAAAGGAGUCCGGGGAAUCCCAGGAUCGGCUGGAUACGAUGGGGUGUUUGGAAUGAAAGGGGAAAAGGGUGAGCUUUGCUAUGAGUGCACAGGAACAGGAGAACCAGGUUUACCCGGUCCACCUGGCCCACCAGGACUACCAGGAUAUAAUCAAGGACCGGGAGAUAAAGGUGAUCUGGGCUUCCCGGGACUCCAGGGCUUCCCUGGAAAUCCGGGUCCAGUUGGGAGAACAGGCGUUCCAGGCCUACCCGGGGCAAAAGGGGAACCAUAUUCUGAUACCAGUCCAGGGAUAAAAGGGGAGAAAGGAGAUCAAGGAUACUGUGGCAGUCUCGGAAGAGAUGGUCGCCCUGGGCAUCCAGGGUUGUCCGGUCUCAAAGGUGUCCAAGGUCCUCCAGGGGAUUCCUAUCCCUACCAGGGUGGAGAAGGAGACAAAGGUUUCUCUGGUCCACCUGGGCAUACAGGUAGAUCAGGUCCACAAGGCUACCCUGGGGCAGUUGGAUAUGGGCCUACUGGACCUCCUGGAACUAAGGGAGAUUUUGGAGUACCUGGAUUUCCGGGACAACCUGGAAUUCCAGGUCAGAAAGGAGAACCAAGCUCCAUCUUCAUCAAAGGUCUUCCUGGGCCCCGUGGAUUUAAAGGUCUACCUGGUUCACCAGGCAGGCCAGGUGUGCCAGGGGUGCCAGGUUUCAUUGGUAUACCUGGCUCCCCGGGACAGAAAGGGGAAGCCGGCGAUGCAUCAUUUCCUGGACCCCCAGGGGCUCCUGGAGAGAAAGGUGAGAAGGGUAUAAUUGGUUUCCCAGGUCUCACAGGUGUGGGUCCACCUGGUCGGCCAGGUCAACAAGGCCCUCCAGGUCUUCCAGGAUUGAAAGGUGAUAGCGGUUAUGGAUACCCGGGCCUCAAAGGCCUUCCAGGACUGCGUGGAGACGAUGGGGCUCAAGGAUCUGGAGGCGACCCGGGAAUCCCUGGGCUCCCUGGAAACCCGGGGUUACCAGGAAAUCAAGGGUCACCAGGAGAAAGAGGAAUUAAAGGGUUAGUUGGACCUCCAGGACCAACUGGUGUUAAGGGAUCAUGUAAUUCUUAUAUUUCGGGACCAGCAGGACCACCAGGACCAGAUGGCACAAUAGGGCAUCCGGGAAACAAUGGAUUGCCAGGUGAAAAGGGAAACAAAGGCUUUCCUGGGUUUGGUAAGCCAGGCCUACCAGGUGAGUCUGGUCCUCCUGGGCUAACUGUGCCAGGUCCCCAAGGAAAUACUGGUCCAAAAGGAUUGAGGGGCCAAAACGGGCUACCAGGCCAACCAGGUCCCAGGGGAGACCCAGGACCAGAUGGGUUACAAGUAUUUGGGCCACAAGGAUUGCCUGGAAUUAUCGGACCACCAGGCCAAAUAGGUGACCCUGGUCCUGAUGGAAUCAAAGGUUCCUGGGGCCCACCAGGAAUGACUGGUGACCCUGGUGAAAGGGGUCCUCCUGGGCCUCAAUCUCCACUACCGUUGAUUGGGCCCAAAGGAGAGCCUGGCUGGCCAGGUGACCCAGGUGCAGUUGGUGUUUGGGGGGAUCCUGGAAGUACUGGAGAAAAAGGACCAAGGGGAAAUACUGGAUCCCCAGGGAAGCCUGGACAAAAAGGUCCCACAGGUGAGCCUGGUUUUGAUGGCGCAGUUUUCGCAAAAGGAAACCAAGGACCUCCAGGUAUCCCAGGAGAUCCAGGGACCAGAGGCAGCACUGGGCCAAAGGGGUCAAAAGGAGAUCAAGGUAGCCAUGGAGCGCCAGGCAUUAAUGGGAUACCAGGUCAAAUAGGUUACAAAGGUGAAAAGGGAGAACCAAAUUAUCGUAUAUAUGGCCCACCAGGACUACGUGGACAAAAGGGGGAACCAGGAAUAAGCCAUAUUCAUACAACAAAGGGUCAAAAAGGAGAGCCUGGUGUUGUUGGGCCUGUGGGUCUACCUGGAAGUUCUGGCUUUAGAGGAGAACCAGGACCUGAUGGACAAAAUGGUUCUCCUGGCAAUUGUGGGCCAAGAGGUUUAAAUGGGACUCAAGGAAGGAAAGGAGUCCCAGGGCCAAUUGGACCGCCAGGUUUCCAAGGCCCACCAGGUCCUCUUGGUUCUCCAGGUUCCAAAGGUAACCAGGGACGGGACGGGAUUCCAGGACCAUCAGGGCAAAAAGGAGAUACAAUUGUAUUAGAGGGUCCACCUGGUCCACGUGGUCUCCCUGGUAAAGUAGGAGAUCCUGGGUAUCCUGGUGCUCCUGGCUUGCCUGGCACAGGACCUCCUGGAGCAAGAGGAGAGAAAGGACCAUCAGGUAGACGUGGAGUCCCUGGUCAGAGGGGACUACCGGGAAUAGGGGGGGCAUGUUUUCCUGGGGCAAAAGGAGACCAUGGACCUCCUGGUGGUUACGGUAGGCCAGGCUCUCACGGGCCAGCUGGACCUCCAGGCCCCCCAGCAUUCGGUUUGAAAGGGGACAGAGGAUACCCGGGCCCUACAGGGAUUCCUGGUUACACUGGGCCCCCAGGAGAGACGGGCAUUCCUGGUCCACCAUGUCCAAAAGGCCGACCUGGGUAUCCAGGACCAAGAGGUGAUACUGGCCUUCCUGGAAUCCAUGGGUUCCCUGGUGAUAGGGGAGACCCUGGAUAUAUCCCAGGCCCAACGGGUCCACCUGGGGUGAAAGGUUUUCCAGGACGACCAGGCAUCAAAGGUAAUCCAGGGUAUGGCAAGGUGAUAUAUGAACCUGGACCCCCUGGCUUACAUGGUCCUCGUGGUGACACUGGACUGCCUGGAAACACUGGCCCAGAAGGACCAGCAGGCCCACCAGGUCUCACGGGUGUAAAGGGUGUCCGAGGUUCCAGCCAAGUAGGACCACCUGGAUUUACAGGUCACAAGGGAGAUAAAGGAGAAGCUGGUGUGCCAGGUCUUCCAGGCGGACCUGGAGAUCCUGGUAAAAAGGGUCCUCUUGGGUUACCAGGCAAAGAUGGUACACGCUAUGUAAGCAGCUUCCUGAUAGCACGACACAGUCAGAGCAGCCAAGUGCCAGCGUGUCCAGCAGGCACCAGUAAAAUAUACUCUGGUUACUCUUUCCUGUUCAUGAACGGAAAUGAGCGCGCUCACGGCCAGGAUCUUGGGACUUCGGGAAGCUGCCUUCCUCGAUUCUCCACCAUGCCUUUCCUCUUCUGCGACACGGAAACAAACUGCCGCUAUGCCUCUCGUAACGACUACUCCUAUUGGCUGUCAACUGAUGCCCCUAUGUUACCAUCCAUGGUUGCCAUCGUGGGAAACAGCCUGCCUUUGUACAUCAGCAGGUGCUCGGUGUGUGAGACUACCUCAAAUGUCAUAGCAGUUCACAGUCAGACAACUCUGAUACCAGAAUGCCCCAGAAGCUGGGAGUCCCUCUGGACUGGAUAUUCAUUUGUCAUGCAAACAGGUGCCGGUGCCGAAGGCUCAUCCCAGCCGCUGAUUUCUCCAGGAUCAUGCCUUGAACAUUUCCGCAAAGUACCGUUCAUAGAGUGUCAUGGAAGGGGGACAUGCAACUACUACCCUGAUUCCUACAGCUACUGGCUGGCGUCUGUAAGCACCAGCAUGUUCAGUAAACCUGUUCCUCGGACGGUGAAGGGGCCUUCUCAAGAAAGUGUCAUUGGUCGUUGUCGAGUGUGCCGCAAACAAUAGCAAACUAAGAAAGACAAGUGCGACUUCACAGAAUUGUAAAUAACCAUUUGAAGCAGUACUUUUAUAGAUGUAUUAAGCCAAACCACUUCUUUCUGUCACUCAGACAUAGCAUCAAACAUUUGUUUAACCGCAAGUAAAUGUUGUUUUUUUGGAAUUUACAAGUUUUUUUUCACUGAUAUUGAAAACAUUAUGUUCAGAAAACACAAUUUAGUUUUUUUUUGUGGUUGUUAAAAACAGAUCUUGAAUAAGAGGUUUUGUCUUAUAUUCAGGGACAUCUCCAAUCUAACUCAAUAAAAAGUAUUCCCUUGA